AUGAGUGACGCAGUUUUGUAUUUGUCACUGGCCACAGCGAUCUCUUCCUCGUAUGUGGCGCUGUUGUAUGCAUUCGACUUCGACGGCGUCGAUCGAAAUGAUCCGCGCAGCGUCAAACGGCGAUUCCUUGGUGCUGCCGUUAACAAUAUCAUUAGCAUCACCUGUACAUAUACUGUCCUUUCCAAGAAUCACGAUUCGCCAUUCCUAUUGAUGGGUAUGCAUUCACGUGGUAUUCAUCUUGCUUGCCUUUUACCGACAGUAUUAACAUGUAUAUGCUAUUUGGGUACGUGGGUGCUCGCAUACGUUGACGGCAACCUGUCAUAUUGGCUGAGUAUGAGUGAUUGGAAGCAACGUGCUAACAAUAUUAUUUGGAUUCGGGAUGCCUUAAUGGCGCCGAUCACGGAGGAGCUUGCCUUCCGUGCUUGUGCGUCUGCCCUCGUGCUACAGUGUCUUUCCUCAACAGCAACAGUGUUCGUUGCUCCACUGCCAUUUGCACUAAGUCACUUGCAUCACAUCUUCGAUGACAUGAGGAGAGGCUACACGCAGUGCGAAGCAAUUAGCAGACGAGGUAAUCUGAUCUUUUUUCUCCAUUUCACUGCCUGCACAUGA